AUGGCAGCUUGGGUUCCUACUCUGGGACUAAGUAUAUGCUCAUGGACAAUUGGGAGUAUUACUGGCAUCGGAACCUUCAAGAUUGAUCCUGCGACAGGAGUUGUGAAGUCAUUGCAAUUGCUCCUGAUCUGUAGCACCAUCCUCCAGGCAGGCUUAUGUGCAGUCAAGAUCUCCAUCUUGCUCUUUUACAAAAGAAUCUUCGUGACACGCACAUUUCAAAUUGUCUCCUGGAUUUCUAUCGCAGUUGUAAGCGCUUGGGGAGUCUUGUUCUUCUUCUUGGUCCUUUUGGAGGGAGACCCAAUAAGCAUGUCCUGGACUGGGGAAGGUCAUUUCCGAUUCGAUACAGUUGCUCUAGGGCUUGCACAAUCAGGAACUAGCAUUGCCUUGGAUGUGGCCGUUCUGCUGCUCCCCAUCCCGGUACUAUGGUCUCUGCACAUGCGCCCUCACAAGAAAUUUGGUGUCUUGUUGAUAUUUUGGCUGGGUGCAUUUUGCUGUGUGGCUGCCAUUGUUCGACUCAUCUUGCUCCACGCGUCAUUGUCUAAAGUGGCCGUUGAUCAUGCCCUGGUUCGCCUCCAGUCCAAGAUGAUUAUUUUCAUGCUCAUAGAGCCCAAUUGUUCCAUCAUUGCGGCCUGUCUUCCAUGUUACGGCGCCCUCUUCGUUGGGGCAACGUCCCUGAAAUCAAUAAUUCACAGCUUCCGGACCGUCUUCACUGUCGGCAGCCAAAGCAGCACCUACUCCAAUUCCAGCACACGCAAUAAAAACGGUCUUAGAUUUGCCAUUGACAGUGCAAGUAAGUUCCAAGCAUUCAGUGACUCCCAGGUUGAACUUACUGGGACUGUACCCCGGUGGCCUGAAGCAUCAGCUGGCGGGCACGCCACUGUUCAUAUCAAUAGCCCCAUUCAGCAGCACGAGUCACGAGCCAGCCAAAGCCAAUCCCCUGGAAUUACAGUGGGGACUACACUCAAUGUCUCCACUACUCACUGA